AUGCCUCAAUUGUGUGUUACAGAUGGAUGUAAAUAUACAUCACGUGUUUUAUGUCAUUGUUGUAAUAAAAAUCUUUGUCUCGAACAUUUAAAACAACAUAAUGAAUUAAUUAAUGCGCAGUUAAAUCCAUUAGCUGACGAUAUUAAUACUCUCAGUGCACAAUUAAUAACAUUAAAUAUCGAUGAUAUAACAUUAAAUUAUCGUGAAAAACUUGAUCAAUGGCGUACGAAUUCAUUUAUGAAAAUUAAUGAAUUAUAUGAAAAAAAAUGUGAAGAAAUUGAAAAACGUUGUUUAAAAAAAAUUGAUUUAAUACAAAAUGAAAUUGAACAAAUACGUUCGAAAAUAUCAAAAUUAAUUAAUGAACAAGAAAUAAAUAUUGAAGAUCUUGAAAUAUUAAAAUUAAAUAUUUAUGAUAUCAAAAGAAAAUUUCUACAAUUUAAAGAAAAAUCUAUGGAAAUUAAUAUUCAUCCAUUUACUAUUGAUGAUAAAUUAAUUUCAAUUGAAGAAACAAAAUUAUAUGAACUAGAUUUAUCUAAUUUAUCAAUACCAUAUAGAAAUAUACAUUGUACUGAUCAAAGUUGGCCAGCAAUGGCAACGAAUGAUCAAUAUUUAUUAAUUGAUCAAUAUCCAAAUAUAAUUUUAUUAAAUCAAGAUUUACAAAUAAUUAAACAGUUACCUUGGAUAUAUGCUUCUAUACGUAAUAUGUGUUGGUCAUCAACAUUAGAUUGUUUUAUUAUAAUUAAUAAUGAAAAAGACGUUUUUCUUGUUAAAAAUCAUUCAUUAUUAAUUGAACGUAUUGAAAAAAUUGAACAACAAUAUUGGUGGUCAUGUACAUGUUCGGAUACAUCAUUAUUUUUAACAAAUACAACAAUGGGUACAAAUAUAUAUGAAUUUAAUCUUUUAUCUAAAUGUCAAUUAAUUAAACGUUGGAAACCACCUUAUUCAUGUAAACAAUAUGAAUAUAUUGAUGAUAUCGAAUAUAAUAAUAAAACAUUAGCUUUAGUUAUUAAAGUUUCAUCAAAUAAUACUGUUUAUCUCGAACUUCGUUCAUCAAUAACACUCGAUCGUUUAUGGAUAAUUCAAAUUGAUGUUAAAAAAAGUUGGUUUCAACAAACAAUUCGUUGUUGUUCACUUAAAUAUGAUGAAUGGCUUGUUGUUGAAGGAAAUACUUCACAUCUUUUUCAUAUAUUUAAAAAUGGAAAAAUAAAACUUAUGGGAGAAUAUAAACCAUCACCCAUAAAUUCGAUUCUUUUUGCUUCAAAUAUAUUAGUUAUGCGAACUAAAGACAAUCUACUUUUUCAUAGAUUAUAA